AAGUUAGAGGAUAACACACAGGAAACGCGCCAAUCUACACGUAAUAUUAUCUACCAAGUGUGGACAUGGAAUCCUGAGAGUGCCGACACCUGAACAAGACCCGGCUGCUGAAGAGUUUUCAGCUCAAAGUGACCGUGUUCGGGGGACUUGUCUGUGGGGCAGUACAGGAUACCGUGGAGACCGUGUCUAUGCAGAUACAUAAUCAUCCUCUUUUAAUUUCACCUCCUGCAUUUCCCGCAUAAUGACUGCCAGGCUGACAGUCACACUCCUGAUGGCAGUGAGCCUCUCGCUACCAGGCCUCAUCCACAGCUUCCAGCCCCUCUUCACAUUUGAUGGGAAAUCCAGCACUCACCUUCACAUCACACAAAGGGCGGUGCUUUGGAAGACGGCUGAAGUCUGUCGGGAUAUCGCUGCCUCUGAGGGACGAGACUUCAGCCUGACUAUUGAUGACAGCCUGUCAGCUGACAGUGUGCAAAGGGCCUGUUCUUCUACAGGUGGAUCUUUCCUCUCGAGUCUCAGGUACCGCGCUUCCAUUGCCGAAAUGUGUUUCAGCAAUGCAAAAGUGGAUGUGGUGUUUGCCCUGAGUGAGAAGCACCAUUUUGAUAGUGAGACCUUCCAGAAGGGACGAGAUAUAAUCACAUCAGGCGUGGCUGCUGUUAAGUCCAGCGUGAAGUCGGAUAACUUUGUUGCAGGGAGAUGGAUUCUCGGACAAGUCUGUCACACCCUCCAGGAUUUCUACAGCCACAGUAACUGGGUGGAGCUGGGAAACACGGCUCCUUACGGCGCUCUCAUCACACCAGACCAACCUCUUGAGAAUCUGGCAGGCUUAAGUGUUCCAACCUGCAGAAACUGUAAAGGACAGAACUGUGCUGACAACAUUCUGCCUGACGUGCUGCAGCAGGGGCUUCUCACUUCAGGCUACUUUAAUGUCUUCUCCUCAGAAAAGCCUCAAGGUAAAUGCAGUCAUGGUAGCUUUUUUGACAAGACCAGCAAUCGAGACCCAGUUGGGGGCAUCAAUAAGGAUGACGUUGGGUCUAGUCAUGGCUCACUUCACCACACAGCAGCUGACUUGGCAGUGAACGCCACUAUGGAGCUGCUGGAGGACAUCAGACUGGCUGUUGGAGACCAGAACUUCCUGCAACUGAUGGGUCUCUCCCAAUCCUCUGCGCUGUGUUUCAUCACCAAAGGCAGUAUGUCGGAUGACAUCGCCACAGUAAAGAGCGUUGCCUUUGGCUUCAUCGACAGUAAGAGGGGAACCGAGCAGGAGUUGUGCUUGUCCGAACUACAGGUGACAGUCUUACAGGUGGUGAAGAUUCCGGGAAAGCCUGACAAUUUUACAUUUACUGUCGAUGGUUCAUUAAAGGACAUUACUGUGUACAUCACAGGAGCCUCUUCUCUCACGUUCAAGCUCAGCGGCCCCACAGGUUUAUCUCAGAGCUCAAGUGAGACCGGCGGUCCUCUGGCGUCUUCCACUGCAAAAGGAAACCUGCGUCGUUUAAGCCUCAACGCUGAUAAUCAAACAGGGUCAUGGCAAAUCACGGUGAACUCAAAUAGCCCAUAUUCUGUGAAAGUUGCAGGUCAGAGUUCAGUGAACUUCCUUUAUAACCUUGUGGAAGCACACGAAGGAGUCCAUGCAGACUUCAGUCUCAAGGAGGGACGUCCUCUCUCAGGCAGUAAUGUCAGCCUCAUGAUCUCUGUGACAGGAAGUGACAUAGUAAAGGUCACAGGGGUCACUCUGUUUUCUAGCUCAGGGUCAACGGAGGUGGACGGAUCACUACAGGCGUUGGGAGGGGGCAACUUCUUUGUGACAUUCACUGGAAUCCCAGCAGGUGAAUUUGUGGUUCUUCUUAAAGGGGAGGACAGCAACUCCGCCACCAGGUCAACAACCACCAGUUUCCAGAGACAAGCCUCCACUCGGAUCAAGACCUCCAGCAUUUCUGUUACUACCCAAGUCACCAACAUAAACGUAGAACCGGGCUCCACCAUCUCCAUCCCCUUCACAGUUGCCGCAACCUCCAAUGGGGUCGUCAAUGACUCCGCAACGGGAACGUUCACACUACGAGCCAUCAAUGACCGCAGCUAUGCUUCCACUUCACCCAGCACAGUCACUGUAGCGGCAGGAAGCGGAGGCGCGGCCAGCGGCACAGUGACCUUGACGGUGCCGAGCAGUGCUGCAUCCGGGACUGGCGUGACCCUCAGCAUUGAGGCGGAGAACACGGCUGACGGUGACAUCAACUACGCUGUUGUCAGGUUCUCUGUGACUGCUAAGGUGACAGACUUUAGUCGCCCUGUGUGUCAGGAAGUCAGAACAACGUCCAACUGCUCAUCCUCUGUGUCGUCCUGCUCUUCCUCCCAGUGGGAAUUUGUGGCUAGUUUCACCGACGGCGUAAACGGCACUGGCAUUGAGAACGUCAACAUACGCAAAGGGAACGGUACAUUAAGUAGAAAAACAACAGCUGGGGAAGGGGGAGAGGAGAUUACGGUGGUUACCUUCAGCACCUCCUGCUGCAAACAGACUGUUGAGCUGACUGCUAUUGACAAAGUUGGAAAUGUGGCGACCUGUGUGGGACAGGUUAGAGUCAAAGAAAUGACUACAGCCGCACGUGCACCUGCAAAUAGGAUUGUAGCUAACACAGCAGCAGGAGGGCACACUUGGAGCUUAUCAUACCGUUUGUGGAUCAUAGUUGCAGUUUCUCUGCUUUGGAAUUGAAAAUAUUGUGGAGAUAUCCCGUGAAUCAUAUGAAUAAUGUCGGUCUUGAAAAGAUGCAUCACUCAGUAAAUAAAGUGGCCCAUAUUGGCCUUUAGUGAUAUCCAAACGAUGUAUUCCCAAAAAUGGAUAUAGGCAGCAGCCCCAGUAUCAGCCAGAUUCUAGUAAAAUAAAAUAAGUAAAAUAAAAUAAAAUAAAAUGUAGUAGUUUUUCCACAGAUUACUACUACUUUAUAGUGGUAUAAGUGGUUAUAGUAGUGUUGAAGUUACUUUAAUGCAGCCUCAAUGGCCCCAGCUUUUCAAAAAAGUGAUUAUUUACAAGUGUUUUCAAUGAAUAAUUAAUGUGUACUUCGGUGGCAAGAUUUUGUUAUAGGGCUGUUUAUGGACAUGUUAAUGUUUUGUUUUACAGGUGCAGUGGUAAUAAUGAUGAUGAUAAGCA